AUUGAAAUAUCGCUAGUUUGUAAAUUUCUCGCCAAGGGCGAUGUCGUCGUGCUAAGCAUUCUCUGAUUCCAGAAUGAUGACAAGGAUAUCGUUAAAAUUUUAUAUUAUAUUUAUAAUAACAUAAUUUUGUGACAUAUUUGUUUACAUAUAAACAACCAGUCGUUAUAAUGCCAAUAUUGAAUAUCCACAUUGUAUUGUAUGUUUUCUGUGGUUGGUGGUGGUGUUCUUUUGACAUCUGUCAAUUUACAAGAAAAAUUUGAAAAAUGUUUAAUGGAAAAUUAUUAUUUUCCGUGUUCAAUACAGCUUUAAAAAGUUACUCGUCCAAGAUUGUCAGUGUGGGAAAUAGUAUUAAUCUGCCAAACAUAUCGAAUCCUUCGUUAAUCUCAUGUUAUUCGACAUCUUCUGACGUCGUCACAUACGAGGACAUAAAACAAAUAAAAAGAGAUGAUAACGUAACAUUGAUUGAUGUUAGAGAACCCCUGGAAUUGAUAGAAACAGGGACAAUACCAGGCAGCAUAAAUAUUCCAUUAGGUGAAAUUGAAGCUGCAUUUACACAAACACCCAAUGAAUUGUUUUUAAAGAAAUAUGGAAGACCAAAACCUAAUUCGAAAGACCCCAUCAUAUUUUCAUGUAAAAGUGGAAAGAGAAGUGCAAUAGCCCAAAAUAUAGUACAGAACAUUGGAUAUUCAAAUGUAAGGAAUUAUUUAGGAGGUUGGACCGAUUGGGAAACCAAGCAAAAGUGAAUUUUAAUAGAGGAUCUUAGAAUUGAGUCUGUUGAAUUUUUAUGAAUUUUAUGCUGUUGCAAAUAAAAAGAUUUUGGCUGUUCAUUUGUUGGAAUAAAAAGUACAUCAUCUA